GACAUCGAUCCGAGAUGAUGCCGAGCGAUGGCUUUAUCGAGGCAGUUUGAUCUGCUCCGGUUGUAUUGUGAAUAUCUGCAAGCUAAGAAAUGCUUCGACAGGGACGAUGGACUUCCAUUCAAAGCAUUGAUUCUUUCUUUCGGAGGCCACCAGGACAGCUAAUUUCUGCUGGGCAAGAUCAACACAGGAUAGGAAUCGUUUGCCUGCCGGAUGUCCGUGCCACUUGUCGAACCGUGCCGGGAUUGACCCGGGAACAGCUAGAAUUGUGCUACCGGGCCAGUGAUGUGACUGCAGCCGCCAUCGAGGGUCUAGAGCUGGGAGUGCGGGAGUGUCAGCAUCAGUUCCAGUGGCACCGGUGGAAUUGUUCCUCUCUGAGCACCCGGAGUCGGAAUCCGCACACAUCCAGUAUGCUGAAACGAGGUAUGUUUUAA